CGCGGCUCUGAACGGUGGUGUGGGGAGAUUGCUUGGCUAGUUGCCAGCUCCCUCCCUCCACUCCUUUUGCUUUUCCAUUACCUCUGGACAUGAGCCGAGAGAGACACGCCUCGCAGAUCCAGGUGUGGCUGCCAUGAGCUCACCUGGCUAGGCGGGACAGAGCUACCGUUAAAGCAAUCGGGCACCCUCAGGGUACUGACAUCUGCACACACUCUUUCCUUUUGCUACACUUUGGAGUCCGAACACAUCAGAGAAAAGACCAGCUAAGUUAGGUAAGGAUAUCAUUUGUUUGGAAUUUCUCAUUGAAUGAAGCGACCCUAGGAAAAGACAGAGAUCAUUUCAGAAAACUUCCGUACCGAAGAAUGUCAAAAGUCGUUCCCAACCACGUGUUACGAGUUGGACAAACAAUAUGUGUUUCAUCCCAGGAAGAACAUGCUUGUUUGCAUCACCCUAAAGGAUGCUUAUCCUGUCAUACUUUGCCAGCACAGUGUUUGUAUUAUUCAGUGGAAGGCUGGGAAAAACAGACCGCAUUGACUCAAACCAAUGUAUCUUCACUACCCAAGAAGAACAUCUAUGACUCUUGUAGAUGCACUCCAGAGGACAUGCCUGUGGCAUCUCCAAAUUUGGGGGGCAAUUGUGUGCAAGAAAAACCUGUAGAACCAAGCAAGGAUGCCUGUCCAAUCUCUCCUACAUUGGAUAUAUCAAUUGAAAAGCUGAACCGCCUUAUCUUGGAAAUUGACCCAACAUUUCAACCUCUGCAAAUGAAUCCAACCCAGACACAGAGUCCUGUCCAAGUUCCUCCAGUGGCUGCCCAAAAACCUGAGCCAGAUUCUCCAGAAAUAAAGUAUAUUGAAAUGUCUCCGGCUAUAACAAAGGCUCCGGAAUCUUGCCAGAAUCCCACCAGUUCUUCUAGCACUCUGCUCUCCACAUCUUCGCUGAACAACAGAAAUUUGUUUCCUUGUGGAAGGAUCCAGGGAGACACUGUUGAUGGCAACAGCCACAUCGCUUUCCAGGGUGGCCGUGAUUCUGGAGGUGGUCCUCAGCAUCUCCCACCAACAGGGAGGCAGUCACCAGCUUGUAUCCAAAUGUCUGAAAGCAUCUGCAUUCCACAGGGGAACCCAAACCACUGUAUCGCCUAUGGGUCCAAUUCCCACUUGGCUUCCUCCCCAGGCGCUGAGAAUUUGUUGAAGUUGUCCCAGCAUGGGAGAAUGAUGCAGCGGUGCAGCGGGACUUCUGUGCUUUCAGCAAGCCCUGGAUCAGACACUAGUUACAUUUUUGGAAGCAGCACACAGUCACUUUCCAGCAAUGAACCAGACGGUCCUCGGAUCAGGUCAACAGGAAGCCCUUCCUCUGUUGGCUCCCUCUGUGGGUCUCCUGUUGGCUCCAUUGGCUCAAGUUGUUACUACUCUGGCUCCUCUAGUUCCCAGAAAGGAAAUUCUUCCUUACCACAGCUAUAUCAAAAGGGACAGGUUAAUGGUUGUUCUCCUUCACCCACUGCAAACUCCUCUCCCACCAUCCCAAUUGUGCUCAUCAAUGGUCGUCCAGACGAUAGUGAGAUAUCUCCCAGAUCUUGCAAGAUUCACGGAGGUUCUUUCAAACUGAAGAUGACACAGCCUAGUUCUGGCACGUUUUCAAGCAUCAAUCGUUCCAACAAAUCCUCUUCAGAGAGUUCUUUCUCCUCCUCUUCAUCUUUGGAUAGCUAUUCCAAAGAAGCCCAAACAGCCAUGAAGUUUGUGAUGGACACCUCCAAAUAUUGGUUUAAACCAAGCAUCACACGAGAGCAAGCUGUCCAACUACUGAUGGAUGCACCCCCAGGUUCUUUCAUCGUGAGGGAUAGUACGUCUUACCGUGGCUCAUUUGGCUUAGCCAUGAAAGUCUGCAGUAGCAAACCAGGUGAAAAAAGCUGGGAUCUCAUCAGGCAUUUUCUCAUUGAGUCCUCUGCCCGGGGAGUGCAUCUUAAAGGGGCUGAUGAAGAACCAUAUUUCGGAAGUCUUUCAGCAUUUGUAUAUCAACAUACUAUUAUGCCUUUGGCAUUACCCUGUAAACUGGUCAUCCCAAGUCAAGAUUUUAUUGGAGGUGAAGAGAAAUCUGUAGCAGACACAGAAGCCACUCUUCCAGUUUCACAGAAGGCUGCUGUAUGCAACCUCUUGUACCUGCACUCAGUGAACAUGGAGACUCUUACUGGCAAAGCAGCAGUUCAGAAAGCCGUGUCCUCCACUUUCAAGCAGGAGACUCUACCCACACCCACCAUUGUCCACUUCAAAGUUACUGAGCAAGGAAUAACCCUGACGGAUAUCCAGAGAAAGGUGUUUUUCAGGCGGCACUAUCCACUGGCUACCAUCAGCUUUUGCAACAUGGAUCCUGAAAACCGAAAGUGGCAAAAAUUUUCAAAAACCUCAAGGAUCUUUGGUGUUGUUGCCAAGAGCCCAUCUGAUGCUGAGAAUAUUUGCCACCUCUUCGCCGAAUAUGACGCAGUACAUCCGGCAUCUCACGUCGUUGACUUUGUCAAUAAACAUCUACCUGCUGCUUUAGGUUCUGCUUAAUGUAAGAUCCUUGUGUUUCCUAGCUAUGCCACCACCACCCUUGGUGUCUCAAGUGCACUGCCCUCUUACCUUUUUGAAGCUGCAUUUUGAAAACUCCUAAGGCUUUGGGUAAACGUAAGCUGCUAGUUUGAGGGAUGGAAUAGAAACGUGGCUAUUGAGAAGGGCACAUUGUAUGUCUGGAGUGAGCAAAUUGUGGGCAGUGGGUUACAUGUGCCCCCUCCCCCAAAGUCAUUAUGUAAUCCUCCAAGUCUCCACAUCUUCUGUGACUCAUCUCCAAAUUGGACGGUCUUAUUUGCCCUCAAAUAGCAGAGGCCAGUUGCAUCCUCUGAAGGGUGCAACUGACCAUUUUUCUUGAUUUUUAGAAAUGCAGACGCUAACCAUUUUUAAGACAGGUCUUGUUUCAGCCCACAUGAAUAUUUAAAAAGUGGCUGAACUCCCUGCUACAAUCAAUUCUUGGAUAGACUUCCAGGAAUAUCCUAUCUGGCCACUUCUAGGUCUCUCUUGUAAAGGAACUAUCUGCCCACCAAGCACCAGGGAGCCCCCGGUGGCGCAGUGGGUUAAAGCACUGUGCCAGCAGGACUGAAGACCGACAGGUCGCAGGUUCGAAUCCGGGGAGAGGCGGAUGAGCUCCCUCUAUUAGCUCCAGCUCCUCAUGCGGGGACAUGAGAGAAGCCUCCCACAAGGAUGAUAAAACAUCAAAAAUCAUCCAGGCGUCCCCUGGGCAACGUCCUUGCAGACGGCCAAUUCUCUCACAACAGGAGCGGUUGCUCCUGACACGACAAAAAAACAAAAACAAAAACAAGCACCAGGAACAUAGAGAUCCACAUGCAGAGUCCAACUGACUUUUGUGGAGGUUCCCACUGAGCUUGCUCCUUUAUAUUAUUCAGCUAGGAUAACUAGCCAAUUUCUGAGUUGUGUUGUUGUUGUUUUUUACCUUUUGGAUCAAUUUAUCAAAAAUGAAUGUGUUUCUGCUAAAAGGGGAUGUAUUCUCGUCAUGUGAGAAGUUGCAUUACGUGCUGACACUGGAAGAAAUCCAUCAGCAUUGUUAUUCAUUGUUAUGUCAGAGGUAUUGGAAAAAUAUCUAUAUCUUCUUUUCAAUGUAUGUUAUCCAUUUCCCUUGUGCAUUUAAUGUAAUGGUGCAAAGUCUAUACAAUAAAUGAAUUAUUUUGCAAGGUA